GGGGCGGGGGCGGGGGCGGGACCUGGGGGGCGGGGUGUGCGCGGGCUUGGUUUUGGGCCGCGGCGGGAGCGGGAGUCACCGCCACUCGAGUGCGCAGGCGCCUGGCGGUUACCGGUCUCGCCAUGGAGCGGAAAGGUGAGCGGUGGAUCGGCCUCCGCCACGAGGGGCAACGGCCGGCGGGGCGAGGCCCGAGUCAGCUGGAGCUUAGCCUAACCGCCGCAGUCCGGUCCCCGGGCGUGCGGCGCCCCCCCUCUGAGGUGGCGCCGCCCCUCACCCCCCGCCUCUGGGCUGCCGGUCCGCGCCCCUCAGCCCGGGCGUCCUUCCGCGCCGGCAGUCAUCGCCCCUUGUUCCCCUCCAGGCCGACCCGCGCCUUGGGGCCGCUGCAGGGCCCGGCGCUCGGCGAACCAGACAGACCCCCGCCCGCCGGCCCCCUGACCCGGCCCGAGCCCCCGCCGGCGCACCCCGCCUGGGCGCUGCUCUGCGCCCCGUGGGCCGCCCGCCGCCCGGCCGGCCGCCUCGCCCUAGCCGCGGCGCUCGCCCCAGAGCCGCCCCUCAGGCGGGCCCCGCACCCGGGCCUCGCGCCCCUGCUGGGUCUCCACCCUCACCUUGAUUGCCUCCUUUCCUCCACAUUCGCCCUUCAUCCAUCCCUCUCUCCUGCAGUGCUUGCGCUCCAGGCCCGAAAGAAAAGGACCAAGGCCAAGAAGGACAAAGCCCAAAGGAAAUCUGAAACUCAGCACCGAGGCUCUGCUCCCCACUCUGAAAGUGACCUACCAGAGCAGGAAGAGGAGAUUCUGGGGUCUGAUGAUGAUGAGCAAGAAGAUCCCAAUGAUUAUUGUAAAGGAGGGUAUCAUCUUGUGAAAAUCGGAGAUCUAUUCAAUGGGAGAUAUCAUGUGAUCAGAAAGUUGGGCUGGGGACACUUUUCAACAGUGUGGUUAUCAUGGGAUAUUCAGGGGAAGAAGUUUGUGGCAAUGAAAGUAGUUAAAAGUGCUGAACAUUAUACUGAAACAGCACUAGAUGAAAUCCGGUUGCUGAAAUCAGUUCGUAAUUCAGAUCCUAAUGAUCCAAAUAGAGAAAUGGUUGUUCAACUACUAGAUGACUUUAAAAUAUCAGGAGUUAACGGAACACAUAUCUGCAUGGUUUUUGAAGUUUUGGGGCAUCAUCUGCUCAAGUGGAUCAUCAAGUCCAAUUACCAAGGGCUUCCACUGCCUUGUGUCAAAAAAAUUAUCCAGCAAGUGUUACAGGGUCUGGAUUAUUUACACACCAAGUGCCGUAUCAUCCACACUGACAUUAAACCAGAAAACAUCUUGUUGUCGGUGAACGAGCAGUAUAUCCGAAGACUGGCUGCAGAAGCAACCGAAUGGCAGAGAUCUGGAGCUCCUCCACCUUCUGGAUCUGCAGUCAGUACUGCACCCCAGCCUAAACCAGCUGACAAAAUGUCAAAGAAUAAGAAGAAGAAAUUGAAGAAGAAGCAGAAGCGCCAGGCAGAAUUACUAGAGAAGCGAAUGCAGGAAAUUGAGGAAAUGGAGAAAGAGUCGGGCCCUGGGCAAAAAAGACCAAACAAGCAAGAAGAAUCAGAGAGUCCUGUUGAAAGACCCUUGAAAGAGAACCCACCUAAUAAAAUGACCCAAGAAAAACUUGAAGAGUCAAGUACCAUUGACCAGGAUCAAACACUUAUGGAACGUGGUGUAGAGGGUGGUGCAGCAGAAAUUAAUUGCAAUGGAGUAAUUGAAAUCGUUAAUUAUACUGAAAACAGUAAUAAAGAAACAUUGAGGCUUAAAGAGGAUCUACAUAAUGCUAAUGACUGUGAUGUCCAAAAUUUGAAGCAGGAACCUAGUUUCCUAAGCUCCCAAAAUGGAGACAGCAGCACAUCUCAAGAAACAGACUCUUGUACACCUGUAACCUCUGAGGUGUCAGAUACUAUGAUGUGCCAGGCUUCACCAAAUGUAGACCAGUCAUUCAGUGAACAGGACAUCAGCCAACUUCAAGAAAGCAUUCGGGCAGAGAUACCCUGUGAAGAUGAGCAUGAGCAAGAACAAAAUGGACCAUUGGACAACAAAGGAAAAUCCACUGCUGGAAAUUUUCUUGUUAAUCCCCUUGAGCCAAAAAAUGCAGAAAAACUCCAAGUGAAGAUUGCUGAUCUUGGAAAUGCCUGUUGGGUGCACAAACAUUUCACUGAAGAUAUUCAAACAAGGCAGUAUCGCUCCUUGGAAGUUCUGAUAGGAUCUGGCUACAAUACCCCUGCUGACAUUUGGAGCACAGCAUGCAUGGCCUUUGAACUGGCCACAGGCGACUAUCUGUUUGAGCCUCAUUCAGGGGAAGAGUACACUCGCGAUGAAGAUCACAUUGCAUUGAUCAUAGAACUUCUGGGGAAGGUGCCUCGCAAGCUCAUUGUGGCAGGAAAAUAUUCCAAGGAAUUUUUCACCAAAAAAGGUGACCUGAAACACAUCACGAAACUGAAACCCUGGGGCCUAUUUGAGGUUCUAGUGGAAAAGUAUGAGUGGUCUCAGGAAGAGGCAGCUGGCUUCACGGAUUUCUUACUGCCCAUGUUGGAGCUGAUACCCGAGAAGAGAGCCACUGCCGCCGAUUGUCUCCGGCACCCUUGGCUCAACUCCUGAGCCCCAGACCAGCACCGCAGCAGAGAUCACAUGCUGACCCUCGCCCCUCCCUGCCAAGCAUUUCCCUCUUCCCUUUUCAGGGUGAAGCUCUUCCUUCAAGGGUUUCCUAGGUUUUUUGUGGGUUUUUUGUUGCUUUUUUUUUUUUUUUUUUUUUUUAAUCCAACAUGUUCAUUUGGGUUUGCUUACUUGACCCUGUGGAGAUCCCCCACAGCCAUCGGGCAUCCUAGGUGAAUUUGGCCUCGAUUGAGCUCUGCCAAAGACUCAUAGACUAAAAUGUGAAACAGCCUCUCACCCUCUACCCUUGUCUUUCCAUUAAAACACCCUUUAAAUUAUGAGCAUCCUUUUUAAAAAGAGCUAUGAAGAUGAUGAGCUCAUCCUUUUAUUCAUUGACUCUAAGAGUCAAAUUUUCUAGUGCAUCUCCUAUUGCCAGCAUAAGGAUGAGAAGGGGGAAGGGUGUUACUUCUGUGUACAGCAGAGACAUUAAACUUACUGUAUCCAGGCUGCAUCAUCUUCCUGGAUUGUUUCUGUUCUCUGUGUUCACGUUUUGUCCCGCAACUUUGAAGCUAUCAUUUUAAAUGAGCUGUAUCAACACCAAAUUUGGAUACCACUUUUAUCACUGUUCAAAGCACUAUCAAAUUCCUUUUAUCCUCCCAUAACUCUAAGAUCCUUAAAUCUUUGGUCUGAUUUUUGGUGGAAACAGACACGAAACCAUUGACUAGCUAUUUCUUCAGAAUUAGAUGUUCUGCAGAAACAGUCCUUUCCUCUGUGUCUUCUGCUACCCUAACCACAGAUUUAUUUUGAUUGGCUGCUUUGGUUUUUGUUGUUUUAAUCCCUGGCUGGCACUUUACUCAUUGCACUUGAGUUUACUGCCCCAAAGCAAAAGAAUUCAGGAUGACUCCAGAAAGGGGAUCUGGGUUUCAGAGAUUUCCCCUCUAGGAAGAAAAUGUACUAGAAUUCCCAGUUCUUUUCCAGUCAGUCCUCAACUUUAUUUACAGCUUUUUCUUUACCUUGUCCAAAAUUUAACCUUUAAGCAGUUUUCCUCUGUGGCUUUGCCACUCUCAUUUUCUCAGAGGCUUCAGGUCUUAAAUGAAAUCCCAGCAUAAAAGAGCCAAGGCCAAGGGGAAGGGUGGGGGUAUGGCACUUUUGGGUUUUUUUGUUUGGGGGGAUUUUUUUUUUUUUUUUUAAGAUUAGCCAUUCUCUGCUGCUAUUUCUUUGUAUAAUGUAAGUUUUUAACUGCAAUUCUGAGAUAAUUGAGAUGUACUUGAGGCUUUUUUUUUCCCCAUGAGAAAAGGCUUUGUGAAUCUUACUUUAGAAUGGGCCUUUCCUAGACUUGCCCUAGACAUCACAUAUUCCUUGGCUCAUAUUGAAAAGCAAAAGGGGGCAGGUUUGGGGUCACAGCCGCUUGUUCAGCAUGGACCAAGUGGGCCUUGGGAAUUACAGCAUUCUGCGGAGGCAGCUCCAGGACUUAUUUACAGAAAGCCAAGGAAGUGCGACUUGAGGCUCUACUAGCAGAGCUGCCAACGAAACUUUCAGGUAGCCAACUCUGUAUUGGAGAUUGGAGUCCGGAUUCUGCCAUUUUUCCACCAACAACAGGAAAAAGUGGUGCAAUUAUGCAAUCCAUUUAACGCAUAAACACAGAACCCUGAGUAACUAUGGCCAGCCAUUCAUUGCAUCCUUGAUUGGGUAGUCCUGAAAUCAGACAUGUUCCUGUAGAAAGAAUUCUAAGUGAGGCUGUCUAUGCACCUAUCAAGAAUAAGGAAAACAGAUUGUAUCCAACAACGGCAGGGAAAAUCCUUUGGCAAUUCUAAUCCACUUUGGCUUUUUAGCGAUACAUAUAUCUAAAGCAAUAGCAGACUAGAACCGAAUUCUUGUCUACACUGUAAAAUAACAGUUGUGAAAUUACAGGAAUUCUGGUGACAAUAUUAAAGUGAAAUAACCAAAACAAAAAUAGAAGGCCCCAUUUUAACAACUGAUGUGAAAAGAAAUUUUAUUAAGAGAGAAUCUAUAACUUCUUUCUGAAAAUGUUUUCCCACCAAAUAAGGGCUUUCCCCUUAUCAUUUAAGGAGCCAGAUGAAUUAGAAGCUGUAGAAAGAGGCAGCUGUAGAAUUUGAUCUUCCACAUACCCCGUGUACCUUUAUUGAACUUAAUCAUAAUGCUGUCAAAUUGUCAUGAUCUCAGUAAAGGAUUUCUAUUGCUGUCAGUUACAACCCCAAAUGCAUUUUUAUUCUUUCUACUGGGUGCAUUGUCUGUUUUCUUUAUAAAUGCAGUACAAUAAACAAAUUAUUUAAUAAUC